AUGUCCAUGAGAAGGAUGCUUGGAGUGGUUCGGGCCCGGUAUGUGGUGUACGGAUUGAUGGUCACGUGUUUUAUUGCUGUUGGGUACCUUCUGGCGCAGGCGAGGGACGCUGAUGCGGAAGAGUGGCAUCGGGCGGCCAGGAUAGCGAGCCAGGCGCGGGCACGGGAGUUUGCAGACGACUACGUGUCCAAUGUGAAGAUCAAGCCGAUCGAGGAGAUUCCUGUGUCUCCGUUAGAGUUAAUUCCGGAUAUCGAGGUGGAAACGAGAAGGCGUUACGAAGCGUCGUGGGACUUGCUAUUCCGCAGCCACAAGCACAAGUCGUUCAAGCAUUAUGACUUGAGCACCAAGUGCGAGUUCUAUUUCCAGAACCUGUACAAUUUGAACGAGGAAUGGACGAAUGAGAUCGGGAUGUUCACUUUUGAUAUCAAAGAUAUUAAAUCUGAUAACAAGAUGUCGGAGCUGAAGGACGAUGACGGGGUGAAGUUGAUAGACGAGAAGGCAUUGAGGUACUAUAAGAGGAAGCACAACAUUGCGUUGGGGAUGGAGCGGUUGCGGAUAUAUGACAGGUGUUUUGUAGGGAACAGUAACAACCGGGAUUCGCUCAAGAUGAACGAAUUAUUUCAGCAACACGGGUCCGAGGGAUCCACGUCUAAAUUGGACCAGAAAGUUAUUGGAAACAAGGACAACUUGCGUCCCACCAGAAAGGCUUCCUUUUUGAGUGAAUUGGAUACGGGGAAGUUCUCCAAGUUCAACCAGUGGGACUUCGAACACAGAAUGUUCCCCUUUAUCUCAUAUUUCGAGCAACAUAACUUCACACAAGUGAUGCCCAUCUUCACGGGCCCCGAAUCGCUUGAACCUUUGCCCCAGGGAAAGUACCCUGUUUUCAACAGGGACACAGGCGAGUUAGACAGCGUGGAGACAUUCCAUUAUGACGAGACCAAGUCGCUCUGGGACAAUUGGAACGACAUGUCCUCACGGUGUAGCCACAAGGGUAUUGUCAUGUCGGUUGGGAAUGGCCAAGUGGACCAAACGGUGCGUCUUCUUGCGGUAUUGCGGGAACAGCACAACCGGCUGCCGAUCCAAAUUAUCCACAACGAUCAGCUCAGUAAUGACUCGAUUGCGCUUUUGUCCGACGUGGCACGGUCCAGUGAUCUAUUCAACGGACCCAAACAGUCUGUUUGGUUCCUGAACGUGAGGCCCACACUAUCGCAGUCGGCGAAGGACCGGUUCGACAGGUUCAAGAACAAAUGGCUCUCGGUGAUAUUCAACACGUUCGAAGAGUUUAUAUUCGUCGAUUCCGACGCCAUCUCGUACAUUGGGCUAGAAGAGUACUUCCAGUUUGACGAGUACACUGCCACAGGAACACUCAUGUUCAAGGACAGAAGCCUGAGGAUGGAAAGCGGGCAAAAGUGUCCCGUACUGUUCGAAACGUUGAUGCCAAAGAUACUGGAGCGGUACUACUUCGACACAGUGCCGCAAGUCGACCCGGAUUUCGUCGAACAAGCUUGCAUGAAGGAACUCACUCCGGAAGAGAAGGUGUACAAACGGUUCUUCGAGAACGGCUACCAGCAUAACCUAGAAAGCGGGCUCUUGGCUAUUAACAAAAACGAACACAUCAUGAGUAUGAUCAUCUCGACUGUACUGAACAUCAGCCCAAAGAUUGGCGGGUGUGGCUGGGGUGACAAAGAAUUCUUCUGGCUCGGGUUGCUAGUGUCAGGCCAUCACUACUCAAUUUAUGACGUCGACGCCAGCGCCGUGGGUAUCCCAGACCUAAAGGACAGAGAAAAAGAGGACGAACUGAAAGAAGCACAGGAGAUAUGCUCGACACAGGUCGGCCAUACUUCCUAUGACAAGCACCUGCUAUGGCUGAACGGUGGUUCGCAGCUAUGUAAAUUCCGAGACAAGUUCGACAGCGACUGGGAAGAGUUCGAAAACAUCCGGAAAGAGUUCCACGACAACAAGGAAAAAGCCAGACAGGCCUACGACAGUGUCAUGCCCAUAGAAGCAGCUAUAAUUCCUGACGUAAAUAUUGGCCGAUGGGCUCACAAAGACCGGAGGUGCAAUGCUUACGUGUGGUGUGGUGAGUACUAUGAAAAGAUAAAGCCCUACACCUAUAAUAAAAAAAUAGUCAAGGGCGAACUCAUCCACUUCGAGCAAGACGAGAUCGAACACAUAAGACGCCUGAACACCAUAUGGAACAACGCUAUCAUUGAGGUGAGAAAGGAGGAGUGA